UGCCAUUUCAGGCAGCAUUUCAACGGCAUCUAAAUGGACACCCAUUGCAACUGCUUUCGCAAAUUUUCGACAUCUAGCAUGUUUCGCUGCACACAUAGAACAAUGCAGCCCCCAUCAAUAGUGCCCAGACAAUGCAUAUUACUCUCGAAAGUUCAUGCAUUAUUUGGUAUGGGGUUUUUAGUGCAUAAUGGCUGCGCCCACGAUGGGACCCUGCCAAAGCCGAUGCAUUAUCUAGGAUAUGCAUAACUGGGAUGUGUACUGUAUAUUAUGCGACAUGCUGUACAGUGACAUUGUCAAUCUCGGACUCCGAGGGACAGUACCUGGUUGUGGCUUGCCACGGUUAACUUAAUGAUCGCCUGUGAUCAAGGACCGACAAUACUAGUUGAUACGGCAGACCAGUCUGACAACUAUCACAUCAUUUUCCAUAUUCAAUUUCUUGAAUUUUCUUCCUCCUUCCUCAAUUCCAGAAAAAUGGCUCUCGACUCUCAGGGAAUCCUUGCAGCGGUGACCAUCGCAAUAUAUAUUCCCUUCCUAUUCAUUGCAAUCAAGUUGGUGAUGAAGUACGGCAAAUCGCGAGGUGAUGGUUGGAUCUUGUUGUUGGCAUUUAGCAUCAUCCGACUAUUGGGAGGUGUUUUGCUUGUCGCAGCUGAGGCUAUCACGCCCGCAAACAUUUCACUUUACACCGGCGGCUAUUCCCUAGAGUCAUCUGGCCUAUCCCCACUGUUGCUUUGCACGCUGGGUCUGUUGCACUCAAUGUUCCGAACUCCCGAUGGCUCGUCGAGAUAUAACAAACAAGUUCGCCUUCUUCAACUCCUCGGCAUGGUCGCUCUCCUCCUUACCAUGAUCGGCACCUCCGAUGACACAAGUUCCAGUGGGAACACCAUGCGCAGGGUCGGUGUGAUCCUCUUUUGCGCCCUAUACAUCAUCCUUGUCGGCGUUUGCGUCUACGUAUGGACCCAAGUUGGCUUUGUCAUGAGAUACCACAAGCAGCUCUUGAAGGCUGUCUCUAUCGCACUUCCAUUCUUGGCCAUUCGGACGCUCUACGGCGUUCUGUCCACAUUCUCUUCGAGCACGGUUUCGGUAACCGGAUCCACUGAGUCCAACACCAGCGAUCUGGCAAAAUUCAACAUGAUCACGGGCGAAUGGCAAAUCUACCUCGUAAUGGACAUGCUCAUGGAGUACGCCGUUGUGAUCAUCUAUGCUGUUGCAGGCAUCGUGCUUCCCCUCAACGAAGAUUACAAGUCUGCAAAUUCGCAUCAAGAUGAGUACCCCUUGAUUACGAAGCAGGAUGUCGGUUUAAUGGGCCUAAUGAUACCGUCUCCAUAA